AUGGAUGCCACAAACCGACGACCUCAAUUGCCCGCCCUGAGCUAUUUGGACGUGGACAAGGUCAAGCGAGAAGAAGAAGCUGCCUACCAAACCCGAAAUACAGGCACGCCGCAAAGUUUGUCCACCAGCGCUGGUGCCAGCCCGACCUAUCACUACCCACCUGGUCCUCCGCCGCCUUAUAGCCAUGCCCACCGCCCACCACCGCCAGCACAACACACAAACACCUGGGCGAAUAGUCAUGCCGCCGCGCACACCCCGCCUGAGUCACGACGGACCAGCGAAGACGAGAAAGAUGGUGCCAAACAGACAACGAGACAAUCACUCCCCUCCAUCUCAGAGGCCCUAGGCGUGGACAGUCAAACUGCAUUCGCAUCUGCCCCACCGCCACCGUCAUCUUUACAAUCUACACAUCUACCACAUCCACAAUCUACGGCACCCGCAUCGCCAUCUCCCACCGCGAGGCGAUCAUACCCCAUGGAACCACCGCAAGCACCGCCUAGCUCAUUCUCCACGAGCAACAGCUAUUUCUCGCAAUAUCGAUCUGAACAAACGCAACCACCUCAGCCAACGCCACCGGAACCAGCACGCACUCCUGCAGCAUAUCCGCCGGUUCACGAGACGAAACCACUCCAUCUUCAAACUUCCCAGCCGGCAUCUCGUCCGGCCCCGACAUCCAUCUACGCUCGUGCUCCAGAACCUCCAACAUCAUACGAGCAUGCGUCCUCACAACAACCUGCUGGGUCCAUGGCACCUCCCAGCAGCUUUGCCUACGGAUACACUCCCUACCCAUCUCGAUACGCCAACCCAACGCCACCUGCCAGCAACGCAUCUGGACCGAUUUACCAACCGUCGACCACUUAUGGUGCUCCUCACGCAGGUACUGGGAGUUGGAAAUCGGAAAAUGCAUCGCGAUAUGAGGAUCGCUCGGCUGGUCAGGCAGCCUACGGCGAUAAUGUCAAGCGACAUCUGGAUUUCUACGAUCUGGAGGCAGCAUUGAAUGAAAUCGCCACCACUAGUGGAAUUCUCAGCGACUUUUCUCGUCGAUAUGGAGACCGAAUGCAUCAAACUCAGCGCUCUGGAGCGUCCAUUUCCACUUUGCCCAGUAUGGUGGAAGUCGACGAUAUGAUUUCCAAAUCACGCGUGCAAACAGAGUCACUUGGGAAGAUACGCGAAGUUAUCCUGGCGCAACAAGCUGUUUACGAACAGCAAGCGGCUGAUCAGCGUAACCAACACAAGGCCUUCAGCGAAGCGCCUCAACCUCCACCUCCCGAGCAGCAUCUCCAAGAAGUCGACGACAAGCAGCAGACUGGAUUCGCCGGAGUCGACACAAAGAAGCGCAGAGGCCGUGCCGCUCCACCAGGUCGUUGCCACAGCUGCAACCGCGCUGAAACGCCGGAAUGGCGACGUGGUCCAGACGGAGCAAGAACUCUGUGCAAUGCAUGUGGCUUGCACUACGCCAAGCUCACACGCAAGAACAACGGGGCAAACAAAAAUGCCGCCGUUGGCAGUUCGAACCUGCGUCCGAAGGAGUAA